AUGCGCUGCUUCGCGCCAAAGCCGGCGUCUCUGCCGCCGGCAGCGGCGUUGCGUGCGGUGCGGGCUCAGGCCGUGCGGGCAGGGCAGGCGGCUUCAGUGGUUGCCGCAGUCGCCGCCUCACCCGUGGGCAGCAGCCUCGAGCCAGUGCCUGCUGCAGCAGCCUCGAGGCGCCGCUCCGGUGCAGAGGUGGGCGCCGCGGCCGUCCUGGAGGCUGUCAGCAGUGCCGCAGCCAGCAGCGUCAGCAUUGUUACCACCAACGGCAGUGUCAGCAGCAAAACAUGCAGCAGCAUCAGCAGCAUUAGCAGCACUAGCACCAGCAGCAGCAGCAGCGACGUCGCGCCGCCCGAUAAAUCGUCGGCGGUGCAUGCCGCCGCGGCCGCAGCCGGCGGCGCCGCCCUGCCCUCCAGAGUCAUCCUCCUGGGCAUUGACCCCGACGGCGCCGGCGCGAUAGCGGUGCUGUCCUGGGGCCGCGACGCGAUCGAGGCCGCCCCACAGCAGCAGGAGCAGCACGAGCAGCAGGAGCGGGAGCACGAGCAGCAGGGGCAGCAGGAGGCGGAGGUCGCGCACGCAGGACAGCCACCGCAGAAGCGGACCCGGGGGCGCAAGGUGGUCAUUGCCCUGGCAGCGGAGGAGGUGCAGGCGAGAGGCGCGUCUCGCCGUCGUCUCCAGCAGCAACAGCAGCAGCAGCAGCAGCAGCAGGAACAGCAGCAGCAGCGGCAGCAGGCGGAGGAAGGGUGGCGGCUCGCCGAGGGCGCGGCCCCCAGGGUCCAGAUCUUCGACAUGCCGAUGUUGAUUGACCUCCUGCCCCCGAAAACGAAAGGCGGGCCGCCCCGGAAACGCAAGCGGCUGGAUGUGGGGGCAGUGACCGCGCUGGCCUGGCAGCUGGUCGCGGAGCACGACCCGGCCGGGGGCCGCGCCAGCGGCAACGGCGGCAAUAAAGGCAGUGGCAGCAGCAAUGGCAGCAUCAACGGCAACGGCAGCAGCAACGGCAGCAGCAGCGGCCAUGGCAGCAGCCACGGCGGAGGCGUCCGCGGCGGCAGCGGGGACGGCGACGGCGCGGGCGUGGUCAUGCGCGCGUUCCUGGAAGUGGCGUCCAUUGGCCCUAUGACCGGCACGUUUGCCAUCCACAACCUGGGGUUCACCACGGGGGCCUUUGAGGGUGCCCUGUGCGCGGCCGGCAUCGAGGUGUGCACCGUGGCCGCGCGCGCCUGGAAGAAGGACGUGGCGCUCAUAAGGGCCGACAAGGGCGACAGCCGCGCGCUGGCGGCGCGCGCGUUCCCGGAGAGCGCUGGCCUGGUCAGCCGCAUCAAGGACCACGGCCGCGCCGAGGCUCUGCUCAUAGCCGCGUGGGGCGCAGGGCUGCGCGCGACGGAGCGCGGCGGGCCGCUGUCGUGGGGGCCGCCGCGGCGCGCGCUUAUGGACGGGUGCCUGCACGUGCUCACGCCCUCGCGCCACGCGGCACGCGGCGGGAGCGGCGACGGGAGGCCUGCGGGGCCGGCGCUGCUUGAGGCGGUGAUUGGGCGGCGCGGCAAGGCGGCGGCGGGGGCGGAUGGGACCCGCGGUCGCGGCGCGGGGCGGCGGCGGAAGGCUGCAGAGGGGCGGCAAGGAGCAGAUGAGGCAGGGAUGGAACAGCAGGAGCAGCAGCAGCAGGAGGAGGAGGAGGAAGAUAGCCUAGAAGCGGGACAGGAGGACGAGGAAGAGGAGGAGGGUGGACUAGUGGCGGGACACGAGCCGCAGGAGGGGGGGGAGGAGGAGGGGCCAGCGGCCCAACGCAGGCGGCGACCGCGCGCCGCCCAGCGGCGGGCCACCACAUCACUGGCGGCCGCGGCGGCGCCGUCUCGCAGCACCGAGCGCGUGGCCAAGGCCCGCAAGACGGCGGCUGCCAAAGCGGUGGCGGCGGGCGGCGACGGGUGA